AUGCUGCACCAUCCGGCUUGGAGAAAGACGAGAAUGGCGACCUGGCAUCCCAGACCUCAGCGUCCAGGGCAGGAGUAUUGCCGGCCAGAGACGGUAUGUCGCAUCUUGUUGGCCCAUUCGCAUCUUCUGAAUGGCCGUCUCGUCUCCAGAGGCUCCGCCAGUGAUGCUACUGGCUUUGUGGAGGCUGGCAAAGAUGGCCGCAAAGAGGAGGCCGAUCACGAGUGUCUUCUGGAGAGACGACCGUUGCUGCUGUUGCAUCAACCGCCACGGCGACUGCAACAACAGCAGCUUGUGCAGGGCUGUUGCAUUGAACGCAGUCGCCAUGACACGCGGCAGCAACACCCGUGGCGUCUGCUUUCACAGUCGUCCAGUCGAAGUGAUGGCAAACUGUUUAUGGGAGAUGAGAAUUCGCAAGUACGGCAGCACAAUUCCCGACAGAAUAUCAGAAGAAAGAGGCUGAAAGUUCAUGCAAAAAUGCCAGAAAAGUCAAUCUGCCUUAAGAUUUCAUCUGCUUUCAACAGCAAAAAGCAGACUUCCCGGUGCCCUGGUCAGCGUGAAGUUGUGUCCGUCAGACAAGCAGAAGAAGAAGGAGCAGACGAACAGAAAGUAGGGAUUAUUUAG